AUUGCCCAUCAGGUACUUCCCAGACACUUCGCUGGAUACAUCAGCCCUUACCCACUUGGGUGCUAGAGCUGGGCACGAGAGCUGGCAUUUUCCUGGCCCUGGAGGCCGAGCCGUUUCCUAAGAACUGAGCCUGGGCACCUUCCCAGGCCUUAAGGCUGAGCACCAAAGCUGGAGAUUUAUUCAGUACCCGUGAUGUCAGAGGGCAGAAGACCCAUGGGAGAUCCAGGGAUUCAUCCAUCAAUGUUUGUCGUGGAUGGACAGACGGAUGUGCCCUUCCCCCCACGGAGACAGAGCAAGCAACGGACAUGCCAGGGAACACAGCUGGGCCUGGGGCUCCUUCUCCUCCUGGCACUGGCUGGCGUAGCUAUAGAGGGCUAUUUUCUAUGGAGUUUCCACUGGGACCUGGCGGCCCUCAACCUUCGGCUCCCGAGAGAGGAGAGCUCCUUGGAGCAGCUGGUUCAGGAGAGGAGAUCCUAUCAGGACAAGCCAGCAGCUCACCUCACAGGUGCCAACUCCAGCUUGGCAAUGAAAGGUGAACCAAUGCUCUGGGAGGCCCACCUGGGCCUAGCUUUUCUUCGAGGCCUGGAAUAUCGAGCAGGGUCAUUGGUGUGCAUUGAGCCUGGCUACUAUUACAUCUAUUCGAAGGUGCAGCUUGGUGGUUUGGGAUGCCCCGGAGGGUCAGUGACCGGGGGACCUGUUACCCACGGGCUCUACAAACGAACUGCCAGAUACCCUGAAGAGCUGGAGCUGCUGGUCAGCCGUCGGUCCUCCUGUGGUUGGGUGGGGGCUUCAGCCAGAGUCUGGUGGGACAGCAGUUUCCUAGGCGGUGUGGUCCACCUUGAGGCUGGUGAGGAAGUCUUUGUCCGAGUGCCAGAAGAGAGACUGGUCAGGAUCAAGGAUGGGACCCGUUCCUAUUUUGGGGCCUUCAUGGUUUAAGCUGCCUCAGUUUCUCCAUCUGCAAAAUGAGGGAUUUGGAUUAGAUGAUCUCUGUGUUUUCUUCUAGCUGUCAAUCCAAUAUCCUGUGGUCCCAGCUGUGUGACUUUGGGCAAGCGACUGCCUCUCUGGACCCCAGUUUAUCCCAUCUGUAAGAUGGAAGUAUUAUACUACAUGGUCUCUAAGGAUCCUUCCAGCUCUCAGUUUUAUGAACUAUGGCUGACGGUCCAGCCCGGGCAGGUAUCUUGGGGGAAACAGAGGGUGCUUCCAAGACCAGUCAGAGAGUUAGUAGAUGCGAGUCAGAGAGGAUGGCAAGACAAAGGACUGGUCUGUCCAUUCAGGACACCAACAGUGGCCUCAGGGCCAGCUAGGGAACCUGGAACUGAUGCUGAAUUUCCUGACAUUCAGGAUGGGGUUUGGGGACUCACAGGGGUAUUUAUCAGGCGGUUUGGGGAAAACAGGUGAGGGGACCUUGUUCAAGGUUUGACACUCACCUACUGUAAUCUACACAAAUACAGUAGGACACACAUACAAUCACAGAUGGAUAGAUACAUAGAUGUGUUUGUAUGUAUAUGCACACACAUAGUCACAUAGGGCAUAUCAGAGAUGUCACACACAAGGAAAUAGUUCCACAAUGGCAUGCACACCCUGACCCAAAGUCACCUACAUCUUAUAGUUGCACAUGAAUAAAGCUUCACAAAGUCACAGUCACACUUCUCUUCCACACCCACAAAUCACACACCUCUCUUACAUAAUCACACAGUUACACAUGAAUGGAUUCUGUCACACAAUUCUGUCUCUGUCAGUCUCUGUCCCUCUGUCUCUCCUUUUUCUUCUCUUUCUCUUUCCUCUUUCUCUGUAUCUCUUUCCUCUUUUUUCUUCUCUUUCU